AUGGCAUCAGCUGCUCGUUCCGCUUCUCGCGCUUUCCUGCGCUCGACUCCGGCCUCCUCAUUCCGCCCGGCCGCGCGCUCUGCCCGCUUCGCUGUUCCCGCGCAGGGCUUCCGUACCUCUGCUCGCCGCGGAUAUGCCUCUGAGGCUGGCCCCGGCAAGUCCUCCGGCUCCGGUGGUAUCUGGGCUCUCGCCUUCGGUCUUGCCGGUGGUGUGGGUGCGUAUUUCUACCUGAACGGCGAGACCAAGCCCUUCGUGCCCACCCAGGAGGACUACCAGAAGGUGUACGACGAGGUCGCCGCUCGUCUCGCCAACGAGACCGACUAUGAUGAUGGCAGCUAUGGUCCCGUCCUCGUUCGUCUCGCCUGGCACGCCAGUGGUACCUAUGAUAAGGAGACCGGCACCGGUGGUAGCAACGGCUCCACCAUGCGUUUCGCCCCGGAGUCUGACCACGGCGCCAACGCCGGUCUGAAGCACGCCCGUGACUUCCUCGAACCUGUCAAGGCCAAGUUCCCCUGGAUCACCUACUCCGACCUGUGGACUCUGGCCGGUUCUGCCGCCAUUCAGGAGCUUGGUGGCCCCGUCAUCCCCUGGCGCCCCGGCCGUGAGGACAAGGACGUUGCCGCCUGUACUCCCGAUGGCCGUCUUCCCGACGCCGCCCAGGGCCACCGUCACAUCCGCGACGUCUUCGGCCGCAUGGGCUUCGAUGACCGCGAGAUGGUCGCUCUGAUCGGAGCCCACGCUCUGGGCCGUGCCCACACUGACCGCUCCGGUUUUGAGGGACCUUGGGACUUCAGCCCUACCGUCUUCAGCAACGAGUUCUUCCGUCUGCUCGUUGAGGAGAAGUGGAACAAGCGCAAGUGGAACGGCCCUACCCAGUACACUGACAAGUCCACCGGUACCCUGAUGAUGCUGCCCAGUGAUAUUGCCCUGGUCCAGGACAAGGGCUUCAAGUCUCACGUCGAGCGCUAUGCCAAGGACUCCGAUGUCUUCUUCAAGGAGUUCUCUGACGUCUAUGUCAAGCUUCUUGAGAACGGUGUUCCUUUCCAGGUCAAGCCUGAGGACCGUUUCAUCUUCAAGACCUCCGAGUAA